AUGAAUUACGCACGGUUGCUAGCAUUAAUAUUAUCCAUUAUAAUAUUUGUAAAUGCAACCCCAGCUUAUUUUCCGGAGGAACGAAGUGGUCAUACUGCAGUUUUAGUAGAAAACAAAUUAUACUUUCUGGGUGGGAAAGACAACUAUGGCCAACGAACAAAUGAUUUUUUUUACCUUGACUUUUCAAAACCAUUUCUAAUCACAAAUUUAUCUUUUCUCCCCUUUCAUGACCUUUCUUACCUUUCUAAAUCUCUUCCCCCACAUCAAAGAGGUACUGCCUCUCUGUGUGGUAAUAUGUCUAUUUACUUCUUUGGAGGUGAACGUGAUCUUUCAAAUAAACAAGAUUCAUUAAUUUAUACUUUUAACACUGUCUCUCGACAAUGGUCACAUCCAAAAAUCAAUGGUAAUGAACCAAAUAUAAGAAAACAAUUGACAUCAACCUGUGAUUCUAAAGGACGAAUGUACCUAUAUGCUGGAUUAAGUGAUGCCGAUAUGGGAUUACCAUUGAAAAUUUAUAAUGAUUUUAAUAUCUUGGAUACUGUGAAUUUGAUUUGGAGUAAAUCUAUUAAAAGUGUUUCCAAUCUUACCCUCGAGUUUAACAAUGGAUUUUCUGCUACUAUGUUAAAGGAUGGGAUCAUUGCUUACAUUGGCGGACGGAAUAAUAAUGGUUAUCAUGAUAUGAAUAAGAUUAUGCUGUAUAAUACAAAUACAGCUUCAUGGUCUGUUAUGGACGAUCGAAUUCUAAUUUGGGGCGGUGAAAAUGAUGGAUUGCCGGCAGAACUUCAAUUAGCGGUAUUAGAUACUCAUUUCAUAUGGUCGAUCCCUGAUAUAACUGGCGAAAUUGCUAGUAAUCGUAUAUUUUUGCUAUACACGCCAAAUCAAUAUCAUUACGAAUGGAAUUCUGUUUUUAUUCCACCUAUUCUUUCAGAAACUUCCUUAACAAACUUUGAACCACCUCCAACACCAUCUCCAAUACCACCGAUCUCAUCACCAGAUGAUCCAAUAGAACGACCUGCAUUUGCACUUGAUGCAUUAAUUGUUGUGUUAUUUUUAGUUGGUACUCUUAUUGGAUUUGCUGCAUGGUAUAUAUACAAACAUUACCCCGAGAUUAGAAGUAGAGCUGGGUAUACUUUGUUACCUACCAAUGAUUUUUGGAAUAGAGGAUUGUGGGAAGCUAAUUAA